AUGAACAUGAGCGAGGACACGUGCAAUGGCUUAAGUACGCGAAGGGGAAAGGGAAAGGGAAAGGGAAAGGGAAAGGGAAAGGGAAAGGGAAAGGGAAAGGGAAAGGGAAAGGGAAAGGGAAAGGGAAAGGGAAAGGGAAAGGGAAAGGGAAAGGGAAAGGGAAAGGGAAAGGGAAAGGGAAAGGGAAAGGGAAAGGGAAAGGGAUGGAAGCUAGAGGAGACGGUAUUCGAUCCUAGUGGAUGA